UAGGCUCCAGCUUACUUUAUAUGCAAGUAUCGCUCGUAUCAAUUGUCAAAACACCUGGUUGAUUAGAGUCCGGAUGAACGACUUCGCUGAGGGAUUUGCGUGUUGUACAUACUACGGGAUCAAUGCAGCGAAUGCAUAAUUACUAAAGCCUAAUCUCCUUAUCGCUUUCUUUGAUAUCCACACAUGAUCGAAAUUACAUUGUGCUGUCACCAUGGUCUACCGUGGGAAACCUAGCACGGGCUGUCAAAAUUGUCGAUCUAGACAUAUUAAAUGCGACGAAACUCGACCUCACUGUAGGGCCUGUGUCCGGACCGGCCGGACCUGUCCGGGAUAUCCGCACCCGCUCGAUGUUAUGCUAAGAGAUCGAACGGCCUUCCAGCGCAAGAAAAGUAAUGUUUCUAAGGCCAAGGCAGUUAAUACCACAAAAUGCAAAAAGGGUUCGAAGGAACUAUCUUCUCCAUCGACGGUGUCGGAGACGACUACGUCGCCCUCCACUGCAUCUGCUAUAUCAUUCCUGAGCUCCCCGCCAGAGGUGGAAAGGUCACCCCCCUCCGUCAACGCCGUGAGAGUUCUAAGCCCUAGUGUUCCCAGUAGUUUGUACCUGCCUUUGGAGAGUACAGUUACCUCUUUGUUCUUCAAUUCCUAUCUUCAUCAGCCGAGAGACCCUCUCAUUGGGCUCGGGUUUAUGGAGCUUUUACCCGAUCGAUACUUCAAUGCUCGGCCUGGAACUCCUUUGUAUCUGGGUACACUGGCUGUGUCAUUGUUCUCUGUCUCUGCCUGGACAGGGAAUCGCUCAUUUCUCCGCUUGGCGGAGCAGACCUUCGUGAGAGCUUUAUCGAAUACAAGGGUAGCCUUGCAGGGUAACCUUGGUGAAAAUAUGGUCGAGACUAUAAUGGCAGUUCUUUUACUUUCUGUCUAUGAGGAGUUUUCUGCUGUUAAAGAGCACAGAAUUGCAGCAAAAACGCAUCUGCGAGGGGCAAUUGCUUUGGUCAACAGCGGCUACAUGCCACAAAGUCAGGACACCAAUUCGCAAAUAGUAACAAACUCAAUCCAAUGUCAAAUUAUCAAAGCCUCGACGAUACCGGCUUAUCCGACCAUCGAAAUGCCAGAUGUGUGGCCUAUGGCAGCGCCAAUACCCCAGUCCGCACCAUCACAGCUGACAGCGGCUGCAACUGAGUUAGUGGAUCUUAAACAGGUCUGGGAUAAGGUCGCAUCACAACCGGAACUGUACGGCGCAGAUGAAAUCAGUCGCAUAUAUUCCAUGGCUAUGAUUCUCGACAGUAAACUUUGUGCCUGGGCAUGGGCUCUUCCCCAACAUUGGGCCCCAGUUCCGGCAACCAUAGUACCCCGAUCUGUCCGAGAGGCAGGUAUGUUCAACAACAGGUGCGAUUGUUAUACAGAGAUGUGGAUAGGGAGCACAUGGAAUACCUAUCGAGAAUCUCGGAUCGUGGUCCAAAGCAUCAUCCUCAACUGUCUCCGUCUGCUCCCGAACAUUGGCACUCCGGACAGGGUUGAAGCAGUGAUAUCUACUAUUAGAGAAAUGGCCACUGAUAUUUGCGCCGCAGUCCCCUUCUUCCUUGGCAGCCAGACCAUGUCUGUUCAUCUGGACCCCUCCAAGGUUGAGUAUCCCGAAGCUGAGGAGCGCCGGGUGACUCCGGCCCAUCAGCAGACGGCUCCCCUUCUUGGUGGUUGGUUACUUCGGUCCGAACUUGAGUAUCUCUGCUCGCCUGACCUGUGUUUGCCUGAGGAGCAGCAGACUUGGGUUAAGAGCCAGAUGCAGAGAAUCUGGCGCAUCUACACAUUUGAAUCCCGGGUUAUAUGAUAAGCUGGGGUUGGUUUUCCACCGGUUUCAGCGUUGGGCACUGGUAUAUAUUGGAGGGCUAUGCCCAACACAUCAUUUGUCGCUUUCUCUUAUAGAUGAUUACAUGAGGUGACCGCUGGGUGCCUUGACCUACCGCAUUUGGGGCAUGCUACGGUUUUGUAUUAUAGCCGCCAGAUUACAAUGCACAUAUCACGAUAAUGAAACACAACUCUGGCUUGUUCACGAGAGAUACUGCACCGGAUGACUCACAAAGUGUUUCCAGACGGUUCCAACAGCAACAAUUUACCUGCCUCAGGCAUAAGUCACAUGACCAGUACAAUAUCACGGACUCCGCAUCUUAGC